CGGACGGCGACGUUGCCACCUUGUGUACCGCCCCACGGCGAAAGUAGUCCUCUCAUAGCAGUAUUCGCAGCUCUGUUUUCGCGAGGGACGGCCGACGAACACGUUGCGAGUCUACGUGCACAUGUGAAAUCACGUUGAAAUCAGAUCGCGUGCCACGGUGACACGAAACCAGCGUACGAGGCGUUCUUUCGAGGUGAAAAUCUUUCACCUCGAAAAAUUUUUUUUUCUCCGUCUGUCGUCACCAUCGGGAAAGGAGGGAAUAUCGGCUUGUCCUAUUUGCGUACUUUUGGCGGCAACUUCGAACGUGGCGUCAAUUUCCCUGGCGUUACCAAGGGAAUUGACUACAGUGCUACAGCGACGAAUGGCAGACUCGUAGCCGAGUCCCGCGUUUCGACGUGUUCGCGCUUUGUUUCUGGAAAGAGAACGAUUCCAAAGGAACAACAAAGACCAAAAGAGACUCGAGUUUCGUCGACUCUAGCGUUCCUAUGAUGGCCGUUCUCUUGGGCACAGCCACAGGGUCGAACGGAUGAAAGAAAAAGCGUGAGCGAGCGCGAGAGGUUCGUCGCAGUCCUCGAGGGGGACGAAAAAUCGGGUGGCGGGAGAGUGCACAGUGCGGACGUUUCUACAGAGGAGCCACGUGCUGUUCGCGAGUUAGGUGGAGUCCCAUGUGCAAAGUGGGUGGAGGCUGCAUCGCGAGGCUGCCUUCCCCGUUAUCGCAGAUCAGCUCUCCAAGUGAGUGUUCCCACGUACCGCGGGCUAAGUGGCCAGUCCUAUUUGGUAUAACGAAGAAUGGAUUCCUAGCAUAAGGGAAACCUACGUAAAUUCAGCAUUGUUUACGUUAAAAAUAUAUUGAACUUAUAUUCAUCAUGAAACGAAGCGUUGAUGGGAGAAGCAUCAGUCAGGAGGAGAUCGAAGAUCAUGAUCUCCUGCAAACGCAGCAGCAACAGGAUGAAACUGAGCAGCAACAACAGCAAAUGGAACAGCAAAGUGCCCAACCGCAAAUUCGUUUCUUAAGUGCGAAUGUUUUGCAACAGUUGCAGCAGCAACAGGAUGUUCAACAACAAGCACAACAGCAACAACAACCGCAAGUCAUUACUUUGCAACAAUUGCAAAAUUUUGUGCCUUUACAGACUCAACAACCACAGCACGAUCAACAGAGAGCACAAACUAUUUCUGUGCAAUCUUUGCCUCAACAAUUUUUACAGGGUGCUCAGUUGAUCAGUACUCAAGCUCAAGCUACGCUUCAGCAGCAACAGCAACAGACUCAACAACAGCAGACACAGCAACAAGCGCAACAACAGCAGCAACCACAACAGCAACUCAGUUACAGCGUUAUACCACAGAUGCAAACUGUUAAUAUCGAUGGGCAAGAAGCACUUUUCAUUCCAUCCUCUGCUAUGUCUGCUGCAGGUGGGCAUCAUCAAAGCCAGCCCACCAUGCAGUUCGCCACUGCUAACGGCCAACAAGUUCAACUUGCUAGUCAGCAAGUACAGCUGGCUAAUGGUCAGACUAUUAUUACACCACAGCCAGUUAGUUUGAUAAAAGCACCCAAUGUCUUUCCUACUUCUAUCAUACAAAAUAUCACUGCACAAACUGUUCAGUUGCCAACAGGGCAAAGUGUACAAGUUAGACCACUUCAAUUCCCUAUGCAACAUGUUCAACAAACUGUGCCUGUGCAAGUACCCGUUACUGCUAGUAAUGGACAAACAGUUUACCAAACUGUCCAUUUUCCAGUUCAAGCAUUAUCCAGUGUUUUCAAUGUGCCUGCCACGCAAAUGAUACCGCAGAUCACGCAAAAUCAGCAGGUAACGCAAGUAGCGCAGCAAGUUGCUCAACAACAAGCACAACAGGUAGUACAGCAACAAGCUCAACCACAAAUUGUACAGUCCGUGCAGCAGCAACAGCAACAACAGGCGGCACAGGCUCAAGUGCAGCAGCAACAGCAACAGCAAGUGCAACAGGUUGUACAGCAAGUCAUACAACAGCAGCAGCAGCAACAACAGCAAGUUCAACAAGCCCAACAGCAGUCAUCUGCUCCAUCGUCUACUGUAGCGACUUGGAGUACAACAGUAACAACUCCAAGCAAUGUUCAGGUACUUGGAAUUGGUGCACUUGGAAGACCAAUACAAGGAGGCAGCAACAUGAUUACCACAAAAGAUGGACAGAAAAUCGAUGUACAAACGCUAUCAGCUUUAACAAGACCACCGGAGGCAGUCGAAGGUGAUAUAAAAGUAACCAGAACUCAAGCGCAACAAUUAACUCUAAUUCCUGCAUCCGCGUUAGCAAACCUAACUACCCAGCAAGGUAACAUGAUGAGGGGCGUUGGUAGUGGAAGCAUAAUGCAACUUCAACCUGCCAGUGGAAUGAACGCGACAAAUGGAUUUCUUCAGUCGAUACCCGUGCAAAAUAUUCCAGGCCUGGGAAAUGUGCAAGUCAUACCAGCAAGUGCUCUUCAGCCAGCCACUGUUCAAACGCUACCAGCAACAGCAGCCGCGCCGAUUGUUGCCGCUCCAACCGUGCAAUUGGACUCGAACGACUCGACCAAAUGGCAAAUCUUACAGACUCUUCAGUCAAACAAUACGUUAACGACGCCUACACCUACGUCGCACCAACACCAAGUAACCACGGCCACAUCAGCGAACAUCGAGACGGACUCUAACAAACAACAUCGUAGAAGGGUCGCUUGCACGUGUCCCAAUUGCGGAGAUGGCGAUAGGAAUAGAGACAUGACUAGGAAACGGCAGCACGUUUGCCACAUAGCAGGCUGUAAUAAAGUAUACGGGAAGACGAGUCAUCUUCGGGCUCAUUUGAGGUGGCACACUGGAGAACGACCGUUCGUUUGUAGUUGGAUAUUUUGUGGUAAGAAAUUCACUAGGUCGGACGAGCUUCAGAGGCAUCGUAGAACCCACACCGGUGAGAAGAGAUUCCAGUGUCCUGAGUGUACUAAAAAAUUCAUGCGGUCGGACCAUUUGACGAAACAUAUAAAAACGCACACGAAGAUUCGAAGUACGGAAGCAGCUACUUCGACGCAGGAAGGUUCUUCCGACAGUCAAUCUUCUGCGGAAGAAAAAAUUAUUAUCGCUCUACAUAAAGAUACAGAGCAGUCUGAUAUCGUUAUUUCUGAGCAGAUGGACGAGAUAAAACCUGAACCAACGAAUCAUGUAGCGAAAGAAUAAAAAAAAAGAAAAAUAAUCAUGUUUCACUUGAAAGGUUUAGGAAUAAAAAAAGCUGUUGGUUGAAACGUUGAUUGUUACGUUAACGAUCGAUGAAAGAUUUAAAAGUAGCGUUAUGUUGUUUAUAACACUUUGCAAAAAUUGUAAUUAUUUUCUGCGACAAAACUAAAAGGAAGGGGAACUUUUUACAGGGAUUAUCAUAAUUCGAUAUAAUAUAUAAUCUAUUUUUGUAUUGAUAAAUGAAUCUUAUGUAAAUAUGUAUGAUAACUGUAUAUUCAUUGUAAAAAAAAAAGAAAGAUCUUUUGCACAAAAUGAAUUUUACACUUAUAAAGAAACAAGUUUUUGAUAUUAUAAUUCUUAGAGAUGUUCAAUCUUUCACCUUAAUAAUAGAACAAUUAGUACAUAGGAACAUGUUGCGUUAAUCUUUUCAGGCGUAUAUUACUUGGAUAAAGUCGUAUAGAGAAUAAAAAACUAGAAGGUAAGAUGUUUCAUUGCUUUUAUUUAUUUGUACAGUGGCAGAAGUUUCUCUUAGAAGAGAAACUUUAUUCCAUCACCUGUGUCUGUACUUUAUCAUUAUGUUAA